AUGGUAGUCGACACUACAUAUUACGAUCUUUUGAACAUUGAAACCAGUGCCACAUCAUUAGAAAUCAAGAAGGCAUAUCGUAAAGCUGCCAUUAAGUUACAUCCAGAUAAGAAUCCCAACGAUCCUGAUGCUGCCGCUAGAUUCCAAGAAGUAGGUGAAGCGUAUCAAGUAUUGAGUGAUGAAUCAUUAAGAGCGAAAUACGAUAAAUAUGGUAAACAAGAAUCGAUUCCUCAAGAAGGAUUUGAAGAUCCCGCUGAGUUUUUUUCUAUGAUUUUUGGUGGUGAAGCAUUCAAAGAUUGGAUUGGAGAGUUGAGUUUGUUGCUGGAAUUAUCAAAAUCAGCCGAAUUAUCUGGAUAUUCUGAUGAUGCAGAUAAGAAAAAGGAUACCAAGGCAACUGGAACCGAGACUGAGGAGUCAAAUGAAUCCAAUGACACUAAAAAACAGAAAUAUAACCCUACAGAGAGUGGCCAUAAAUCCUCUACUGAACCUCGCUUACUAGCAAAUGGUGAAAAUACACCAGGAAACGAGUUGACUGAAAAGGAACUCGAAGAGAAGAAACGUAAAGAGGAAUUGGAAAAAUUUGAAGAAGAGUGUCGAGUGAAAAAAAUUGAAACUAGAAAUGAAUUGAGUAAAAAAUUGAUUAAUAAAUUGUCGUUAUUCACUGAAACUGAUAUGAAAGACGAUGUUAUUGAAUCUUUUCAAACUAAAAUCAAAUACGAAGCUGAAUCUUUGAAAAUGGAAAGCUUUGGGUUGGAAAUUUUGCAUACUAUUGGGCAUAUUUAUAAAACCAAGUCAAAGAUAUUUUUGAAGAACCAAACAUUUUUUGGGUGGGGUGGAUUUUGGUGGUCAAUGAAAGAAAAAGGCGGUGUUGUGAAAGACACGUUUAAGACAGUUUCCGCGGCAUUGGAUGCACAAAGAACAAUGGAAGAGUAUACACAAAUGCAACAGGACAAUGAAUAUCACGCUAAGAAGGAAGCAGAAGAGGAAGAAGCUAAGAAAAAAGCCAAUGAAGAAGUUUCGAAAUUGGAGAAAGAGUUGGAGGAGGUGAAAAAGGAACAAGAACAACAAAAGUCCCAGGGCACAUCUACUGCCGAACCUGAAAGUAAUUCAACUAGUGAAGCACAGAUCAAAGACGAAGGAAGCUCCAGUAAAUCUGAAACGAAAGAGCCUGUGAAGCAUACUACUGAAGAAUUGGCUGAAAUGGAAAAAUAUCUUAUGGGUAAAGUGUUGGCAGCAGCAUGGAAUGGAUCAAAAUUUGAAAUACAAGGUACUGUUCGUGCUGUUUGUGAUAACAUAUUGGAGGAUCAAGAUGUGUCUCUUGAAACUAGAGUUGCUCGCGCCAAAGCAUUAAGGCUAAUAGGUGAUGUUUUUGUUUCUAUGACUCGGACAGAAGCUGAGGCUGAAGAAGCCCGGGUUUUUGAAGAAUUGGUUGCAGAAGCAAGUAAGAAAAGAGAAAAGAAAAAUCCACCAACUGAUGUAGAACAGCAACAACAACAAUCUUAG